ACCUCAACAACAGCAGACCUUCCUCCACCCCUAAGCUGUGUUCGUAGUUCCACUCGUACUAGUUGGUGGUUCCUCGUAGUCCUGGUGCGACGAUCUAGGGCGUGAUUUCGUGCUUGCCAGCACCGAUAAAGUCGAAACCGCCUACCAGUAGGUUAGACAGCUUAGCCUAUUCUCGACGAUGAGCGCCUCUGCGACACGCGAUUCGCAGCCCAACCCGCCCUAAAGUCGCUGCCCUAGCACGGAGAUGGUGGAUCGCUGGCUGCACGCCUACAGCGGCACCGCCCACAUCGCUUCCCCAUCAGCCCAUUCCUCCUCUCCGCCCAUUUCCGCCGCCAUACUACCACCCCCCCUUCCGCCAUCCGUGCCCAAUCUUUCCGCGGACCCCGGUUCUCCACAUGCUUCGACAGUUACUGCUAGUCUCGGGGGGGAGAAGAGGGGGGAUUCGAAGGCGGCGGACCAAGUGCGCGCGUACAGGCGGCACGUGGAGCAGAUGCAGGAGAGCGAGAAGCUGCUCUACGCCGAGAUUGACGAGUUGCGCGCGGCUCUCAGCGCGGAGAGGGAGGUGGCGCGUGCAACGGAGCGAGUGGCGGAGGCGGAGUGCUGGCGGAGAUUGGAAGUGGAGAGGGGGAGGGCGGCGUUGGCGCGCGAGGUAGAGCGGCUGCAGGAGGAGCUAGCGGAUGCGCUGGAACAGGCGGACGGUGGGGGGGAAGAGGGCGGCGAUGCAGGUGGGCGGGGGAGGGAGGAGCGGUUGAGCGAGGUGGAGCGGCAGGCGCGGGAGGAAGUGGCGGAGUUGGAGGAGCAGAUGGAACAGGUGUGCGCGUCGGCGGCGCAGCGCGAGCAGCAGUUCCGCGCGCUGCUGCGCGAGAUGGAGGAGGAGCUGGGCGCGGCGCAGGCCAUGGCGAUGGUGGCGAUGGAGCGCGAGGAGCGCGCGAACGACGCGCUGCACACGCUGCGGCAGGUGAACGACCAGCUCAUGCAGCGGCUGCUGCAGCAGGGCAAGGUGCUCCGCGCCCACCGCCCGCCCGCCGACCACGGCAAGCAGCACACUGACGGCGCGGAGGGGGAAGCGGCCGACGACGACGGCGGAGUGACGCGAGGCGAGCACGAACGGGUUAAGGACGAGGGGGCAUGCGCGGAGGGAGGUGGCGGGAAGGGGUUGGGUACAGGCGGAUGUGGGGAGGACUCCUCGGAGGGGGUGAAAGCGGCCGUGGACGCACGGCAGGAGAGGUGCGAGGAGAGGUGCGAGGAGAGUGCGGGGCGAGAGGUAACGGCAGAUGUAGACGUCAGCCCGCCACGGUGUGCGGAGGAGUUUGCCGUUCCGCCGCUGCAUCCGUGCGCGUCCCCGCAGUCGUCGCGCGGCAAGGCGGUGGGUGGGGGGCAGGGGAAGACUCGCGCGAGCAGCUGCGACACGAGCAGCGCGGGCAGCAGCGGCAGCGCGGGCAGCAUGACGGGGCUGUGCAGCGGGUGCCGGCAGAAGAUGAUCCGCGCCAGAGUGGGCGCGGCGGGGAGAAGCAGCACGCCCAGCAGCACCAGCAGCGGCAGCCGCGCUUCCACAGGCGAAAGCAGCCCCGGCAGGCGACAGACGGAGCAGGAGGAGGAGGCGCGGAGGGGGUGGCGCGAGCGGGGAAGCGACGCGCAGCCGCGGGGGCAUGAGAGGUGUGUGUAUGAGACGAGAAUGGGCGAUAGCAGUGAGGAGGGAGAUGGCGUGCAGCAGGGGGGCAACAGUGCAGUGCAGAGCGGCAGCAGCAGUGGUAGAGGAGAGCAGGGGAAGGAGGGUGAGGCAGCAGAGAGAGGCAGUGAGGGGGCAGCGAGCGCGGAUGAUGCCAUGGAGGGGGGUAGCGGUUCUUGUUGCAGCAGGCAGGGCGAGAGCAUGGAUGGGAUGAUCGCGAGUGAUUCAGUCGACCGGGAUGAUGAUGUCGCCUCAACGGGCGAUUCGGGCGGCCAAGAGACAAAGGAGGGUGCAGGAGGCGGAGGCGCUGCUGGGCAAGGCGCAGCGCACGCUGCAGCGUCUGGCGGCUGUGCAGGGCAGGGGCAGGGCACUUUGCCGCAGGAUAAGCAGCAAGCAGCGCGUGCUGCUGGAGCUGCAGCGCUGCCUGCUGCAGGCACGGGGUCACACACAGCCACGUGCGGCCGUGUGUGAGAAGAAAGACGAGCCCCACCUGCGGUGCAACAUGUUCUGGCGGCGAUGACACACCCAGUACUGCCGUGUGCUCACUCAUUUGAGUGGCGGCUAUUGCCAUGCUAACAUCUUACUAAUCAUGUACCGGUUAGCUACCUCCAGUUGCGUUAGAAGCAAACUGGCUAUAUUAUUUAUCUAAUGUAUA